AUGCGUUUGGCCUCGCAACCUACAUUCACAGAUUCUACGAUUGCAUACGGCGGGCAGGCGCCAGCCAUUCGGUUUCGCAUCACUGGUCACAGCCUUGUCUGGCACCGAGAGCGGACGCCCUGGAACCUAUUAGGCCCGAACAACACCUUGAAAGCAAAGCUCUGGGUGCCUGGAGUCGAGCCCGGAGAACGCACUCGAGAAGCUUGA